UGCCAAUCAAAAGCCAUAUAUGGUCUCCUAGCAACAACAGUAAAUAAAGAAAAUGGCGGAAGACAAGGAAAGCGCAGAGGCCAUAGUAUCGGAGGUCCACAAGAAGAUCCGCGCUGCUUUUGAUGUGUUUGACCACGAGUUCAACAAGACAGUGGAUGUCAGGGAGAUAGGCACUAUCAUCCGCUCCCUAGGCUGCUUCCCUAACGAAGGGGAGCUACAUGACGUCAUAGCAGAGAUUGAGGAGGAGGAGCCGACGGGAUACAUCCGCUUUGAGAAGUUCCUCCCCACCAUGACCAAGGUUCUAAUGGAGCGCAAGUUCCGGCCCAUCCCAGAGGACCUGAUGCUCCAGGCCUUUGAGGUUCUAGAUAAGCAGAAAAAGGGACAUUUGGAACUGGAGGAGCUCACAAAGUACAUGACACAGGAAGGAGAGCCCUUCACCCAGGAAGAGAUGGAGGAGAUGUUGUCAGCUGCAAUGGACCCUGACAAGAACCUCAUCUUCUACAAAGACUUUGUUAGCAUGAUGACUGUGGAUGACCCCAGAUAGACUCUCAAUCACACACACACACACACACACACCAACACUCACCAACACAUACACAUUCCUGCUGGGAGUAAUGACAAAUGUAACCGUUGUCUUGCGUAAUUGUUAUAUUGUUAUAGUCUAAUACAGCAUAUAAUGUGGUAUUGUAAA